AUGUCGUUUCUCUUUGGACAAAGGACAUCUGCUAGUGCCAGGUACUUUCAGGCGUUCCUUGUGGACGGAGUGGUGAGGUGGAACGAGGAUCGUGCAGCGGCGCCUGCGGGUGCAGCUGAAACGUCUCUGCAUUCCUACAGUGGCCACCUCAAACACGCCUUCAACCAGAAGAGCCAAAGGGUGCUUGGACUUCAGAUGGUUGAGGAUUUCACCAAGCCCGCUGCAUACACAGGUGAGCUCAUCGGGCUCGAGUACCUUUUCCGGCAGACGAGCAGCGUGUUUGAGGACAUCAACUUGGAUCCUGACUUGGAUCCAUUUCCACGCUUGAGGAUGAGGAGAUACAAUCGGAUGAGGAGGACCCCACCAUCUUCCCACCAGAUUCCUCCUCUUCCUCUGUGGCAGCUUCCCAGUCAGGAGGAGAUCCAAGGUCCUGAUGGUCAGCCAGGAUACCAGCAUGUCCUGAAGCCGAUCAAGGCCUUGGUGGAGUCUGAACAUCCUACCUUCAGGUGGGCUCCUAAUGGGACCCUCAUCCUGAAAGCCUCCAGAGAGGCUCAGGGUGUGGGACCCCAGAAAGGAGCCUACAGGGCCAAACCCACGGAGGAGGUGGAGGCAGACACGCGUGCCCAUGUCAUCCGGGAGGGUGGGGAUGUCUCCAACGCCGCCCUCAUCCUCAGCAGGUGUGCCCUGCAGUUCGGCAGGUACCUGGGGAGAACCUUCCUCUGGCUGCUGGAGAACGACGUGGGCUACGCCGUGAAUCUGGUCGCCUCCCACCAGAAGGAGCGUAAGAGGACGGGGUCUCAGUCUCCACUCAUGGCCAACAAGGACGCCCUCCUGCGUUACUCCUCAGCCUACCCUGACUUUCUGGAGGCAGUCAGGUUCCACCGGGCAUUUGAGGAGCCUGGCCAGGAGGGACAGGCUCUUGUUGGCUUUGGUGACUUUAAAUAUGAGACCCUUCAGAGCCUCUAUGAGUCUGUGGACCCCAAGAAGAUCCGAUUUGUCAACUACCUGCGGAGGACUUCGCCUGCUCCAGGUUCCCAGAUGGAGAAAGCCGUGGGAUACGUUCGGCGCAGAGACAGACAGAGGACCGGUGCCACGGCUGCUGCUGCUGCUUCCGCCGCAACCACCACCAGCACCGCCACCUCUUCUACCUCCUCAGGGGGGGGCGUCUGUCUCAGCGCCGAGGCCUGUUUCCAGGACUGCAUCACAUUUUGCAGCCUUCGUUUCCACACGGCGUUCUCUGUCUGGGUUGGAGAUGCAGGCCGCCUUGAAGAAGCUGAGCUCCUCAACUAAGCCUGCAAUUCCAGCAGCAGGUGUGAUGAAAUUCUGA